CGAGGGCACUGGGAUCCCGAAGACGGCGAUGGACGCGGCCGGAAGUCACGCGGCGCGGCUCCGCGGCUCCAGCGUCACCUGGCAACCAUCGGAGGUGGCCUGAGGACAUCGCGUCAGGCACAUCUUCGGGCGCCCUAUUCUGCGCCCGAGGGGAAGAAAGGCCCCGUUCUCCCAAGAUGGCGGCGCCGGCUGGUUAGCCGGGGGCUCUGCGCGCCGCUAGCUUAGAAGGCCCCAAAGAUGGCGAUGCUGGCAGAGCCCCGUAAAAAGCAGAAGUGGUCUGUGGAUCCUAGAAACAGCGCCUGGAGUAAAGAUGAAUCCAAAUUUGGCCAGAAGAUGUUGGAAAAAAUGGGAUGGUCCAAAGGAAAGGGUCUUGGGGUUCAGGAACAAGGGAGCACAGAGCACAUCAAGGUUCAAGUGAAAAACAACACACUUGGUUUAGGAGCAGCCAUAAAUUACGAGGACAACUGGAUUGCUCAUCAAGAUGACUUCAACCAACUUCUGGCUGAACUGAAUAAUUGCCACGGGCAAGGUGAAUCAGAGCCCUCUAGCGAGCAGAAGAAGACAUUCAGUCUUGAAGAGAAAUCCAGAUCCUCCAGGAAACGUGUUCAUUAUAUGAAGUUUGCAAAAGGAAAGGAUCUCUCGUCCCGCAGCGAAGAUGACCUGUCCUGCAUUUUUGGGAAACGACAGAGUACAAAACCUGAGGAGGACAACACCUGUGCGGAUUCCCCGGAAGAGGACAGAAAAGAAGACCAUGGGAUACCCAACCCAGUGGACCAUAGUAAUACAGUGACCAGCACCAUGACGGUGCAAGAGUAUUUUGCCAAGCGCAUGGCAAAACUGAAGAAAUUCCAGAAAGAACCAGAGAGUGAGUUAGCUGAUCCUGGCACGACCGUGGCUGAAGACUUAGAGUCUUCACAAGGACGGAAAACCAAAUCCAAAAAGAAAAAGAAAAGCCAGAAAAAUGCUGAGGCAGAGAACGUGGACAGUUAUGAAGAACCAAAGGUGAAACGCUCCAGAACAGAUGGCUUGUGGGAAGAAGAACUGGAGACAGCAAACACUGAAUACCAACCAGGGAAAAAGAAAAAGAAAGCUAAAGAUCCACGCAACGGUGAAGAUGUCAGUUGUGAUGGAAAUUCUUGUGUUUUCCCAGGGAGUGGAGAAAUUUACCCUGGAACAUCUGACGGGGAAAAUCUUGGUGAAGAAGACUCCGAGACAAAGCAAAAGAAACCAUAUAAGAAAAAACACAAAAAGCAGAAAAAAGAGGCAGCUGAGUGUGUCGACGGAAUGCAGAGAAAAAAGAAGAAACAUUUGAGUUAACUUAGCAGCAUCUUGGACUUAAGAAUGAGUUAGAUGUUGACAUGUUGAAUAUGAAGCCUUCUGUAAAUGCUAGCCAGACAUCAAAAUGUAGUUCAUCCCAUGUGUAGCACUGUCUCUAUCAGUACUGAAACCUCAGACUCUUUAAACACAGCUCUUGUUGGCAGGGCGGGAAUACAUUGUCUCGUCAUAGGUGGGGAUGAAGCCUGCUAUUAACUGUUGUGCAUAACAGUGCUGUGGGCUAGGCUUUCCCCAGGUCUGCAAAGCAUGGCUUACAUGUAGUUAGGCUCUGCCUGUGCUCAAGUAACUAACACACACACACACACACACACACUAACACACACACUAACACACACACACACACGCGCUAUACUUCAGCACAGAGGACCUAAACCUACUCUUCCUUACACUGGUAUCAUUUCACUGAAGUCAGUCACCAGUUGCUAGUGUGAGAAAAGAACAGGACUGCGUUAUAAUAGAAAAUGCCUACAGAUCACUACCCUAUCCACUGUCCUCUUCCCAGCCUUGCAAAAAUUUAAUUCAGUUGCCUUUUUUAUCAUCCCUGCUUUCUUUUGUGCCCAUGCAGUUGCCUUCUGUGAGUCUGAGCAUGUACCGUAUAGAUGUGUAGAACCUUUUCAUUGAUUUCCUUUUGCAGCUAAAAUGAAUUUUGCUUCCUCUUAAAAUGCCUGCUCUAAUUAAAGGAUUAGGCCCAUGUGUCAGUGCAGGAGAAUGGAACGAAAUAGUUCCUUUUGUUCCCUAGCCAGUAGUUAACUAUUGCCGGGUAGGUAUUAUGUUGUUACAAAGCUACAUAAGAAUUCUUUUUAGUAGCCUUGUCUGUGUAGCUUAACUUUGAGUUUCAGGCCACAAUUCUGGUAUUUACAUUGACCCAUUCAGUGUUCAAAAUGUCACACUUGAGGAGCUUUGUAUGUGGCAUACCUGUUAGCAAAAAAAAUAUAAACAAAUGUAGCUGUUCGCAUGCAUUGAGGGAAGGAGUUGCCAUUUGUACAAGGAAAACCUAAUUGAUUAGUACAAUUUAGCUAUUUAAAUUUAUUUUUUAAAAUUAGCUAUACAUUAGAAAUGGAGGACAGCUAAUGUUGGGACACACGACUCCCGUGGAGCAGUUUUGUACACAAGUGUAAAUGUUUGAGGACCAGAUUCUGGCACGCUUAGAUAGAGGGUGGCAGAAUCAGGGCCUGAGGAAGCAUUUUCCCUUGGACCCUUUUACAAACCUUCAGCCUGAUUCCGAUUUCAUUGACACCAGGGAGGAACUCCACUGAAGUCCGGAGAGUUACUCUGGAUUUCAGUCAGUGUAACCAAGUAGCGCUUGGCUUUUAAUAUUGUUUUAUUACAGCUGUGCAUUUGACUCUGGGCCAGAGUCUCUUUAUAUCACCACUCGAAAUCUGGAGUAACUCCACUGGCCUUGUCCUGACACAUAAAAAGGGAGGGUUUGGUUUUUUUUAUUGUGUUAGCGUAACAUGAUUGAAAAUCCCCCUGAGAUGCAGGCUAACGUGUAUGAACCUGCAUUAGCUGGCCGUGCUGUAGCCUGAGAGAAGCCUAUGCUGCACCACGGCCCAUUAACAUUGCUUCAGACCUGUUAACCUUCAUCUCAAUGGGCCUUUGCAAUUGUGUCAAGCUAACACAAUUGAAAAAUGCAGCCUCUUUGCCCAUCCGAACAUAGCCAUUUCCUGCUGUGGGAUUACUCCAGAUUUACAUCAAUGGAACAGCAGCUUUUGGCCGCCUCUACGUUCCACACUGUACUGUUUGGCUUUUAAUCCCAGUAACAUUUACUUUUCAGUGCUAUGCAAAUAUUGGCCAUCAUGAUGCUGCUAUGGCUGGUGCUGCUACAUGGCUUUCAUAAGCAACAUGUCACUUACACAGUGUGAGUCUACUACAGACCUGAGGUAGAAAACAGGGUCAUUUUUCUCAGUGAAAGGGGCCAGCCACACAUGCUGUGAUUUGCGGCGUGAGCGUUCUAAGUGGUGCAGGCCUACUUCUGAGCAGCAAAGCAGAGUAGCACAGGCAACUCAUUGCUCCCAAUAGGAGUGCUGCCUAUUGAGGGCCAAAAUCUGACUUUUGACCUUGGUUUUUAGCUCUGCAUUGGCUGAGUGUUACUGCAUUUAUCGUGGAUGAAUUAAAACUCAAAGAUGCUAUUAAAUGAAUACUUUUUUUCCCCAAUUAACUUUGAUCUUU